AUGUCACACAUAUGGAAGCUACAAUUACGUCGUGGGAGAAUCACAACGCUGACACAAGAUACUAUAGAGGACGUCAAUGUUGCGCCUGGUACUUACUGGAACGACAAUUUGAUGGCCGAACUUUCAAUCCCCGUGAAUGAGAACGUACCCGAGCCGCAAUUUCAGCCAGACGAGACAACAAUAACUUUGACCAAUUCCAAGCGCGGCGUGCCUGCGUAUACAAGACGGUUUCCGAAACUGGGAAUAGACUGGGAAGGCGUCGAAAACAAACUGAGAUCUUGGAAGGAUUUCGAAGGCACAAGCAAGCUUCUUGACUCGGACGUCAUGGAUCGGCUUGUCGAUCAUGCUGAAAAAGGCCGCCCCCUUGAGACCCAUGCCGACGUACCACAAGGAAUCCGCAAGCUGAUUAAGACACGCAAGGUUGAAGAAGACGCUCGUAAGAAGCGGAAGCGGCACGGCCCGGACAUGCAGUCCAUAAAUGUCCGCUUAUUCUGCCAUGAACAUUCUUGUAACCAACAUCUGGCUGCUGUUUCUUCUGACCAGGGUCAGCCAGCAUUAGCGCUAGACUUCGCGGAGCCGGAUGAUACGGCACCCAUUGUAUACGCCCACUGGCUGAGCGCUAGAGUCUCCAAUCAGCAUUGGCAAGCUGCGACAAAGCUGGCGGGCGAGGUAACCGUGGCUAAAGGAUAUGAUCUUAAAUGGCUGCACGCCAAUCAGAAGGAGGGGCAAAAAAUGCUAGUCGCGAACGGGGUCUUGGAAGGCGUUGCCGCUCGAUUGUGAACUGGGUGCAGAAG